AUGAUACCGAGUGACGUUUUGCCAGAUUUACCCCUCAUAUUGGCGAAUCGUUUACCUGAUCAGGUUCUUUUCGAGCCAGGUCGAGGGGAUGUCUUUUACCCUCGACCAUAUGAUCAGCUUCAUCCUUUUUCUUGGUCUGACCCCUUUCCGAUGGUGCAACCACUGCUUGGUUUCCUGGUUGAGUCUCGGAUCUCGAAGGCUGGGUCCGAAAGCUGGCUUCCGCUUCCUCUUACUCGGAGCGUUGCUGGUCUUGGAGACGCUGUUGCCAUGCGUCCAGCUCCGGAUGAUGAAGAAGAAGUUCCGACGUCUCCUAAAGAAAGAAAGAGAAAAAGAGAGUCGCCUGCAAAUCUCCCUAAGCCUAAGAAAAACGUGGCUCGAAGGUCCAAGGAGGAAGAAGAAGAUGACGACUGCCUAUUGGUAGCCCGUCAAAGAAACAAUGCCGGUGCUUCGAAGUCUGUUGAGCCGGUGAAGGUCGGCGUGGCUCAUUCCGGAGUCGAAGAAAUCUCCGAGGGGAGUUCAAAAGGCACAUCGCCUAGGAGGCCAUUUGUAGGUUCAGAUAUUGUUAUUCAUGAUAUUGAUCCGAUUCAAGAUCAUCGAGAGGCUGAGCUUAAAAGGAUUUCGAAAGAGAGGGACGAUCUUAAAACCCUCUAUGUUAAGAAAGAGGUGGAGAUCAGCGAUCUUCGAGUUGAAUUGAUGCAGGCUUGCCAAGGACGGGCCAAGUAUGUUGAGAAGUUUUAUCAGAAGGCCGACUUGGUGGCGCAGCUUCAGGAGGAGCUUAAAAUGAAAGAGGCCGAGUCCUUGGGGUGGAGGCAAAUCAUGGACAAUCUCGCCUCUGAGAAAGAAACUCUUCGAGAAGAGUUGGCUUCCCUCGAACGUCAGUUUCAAAGUGUGAAGGAGGAGAGCCUAGCUCGAGGCCGUGAUAUCGAGGAGCUUAAAGCUAAAUCUACUGCUGAGUUGGCUAAGGCCAGAUCUGAUGCUGAUGCAAUUAUGUCUUCGUAUCGAGCCGAUGCUGAAGCGGCUUAUGCUCGGGCAAAGGAGAUCUCUUCUGCAGCAGAAGCUAAGUUAUCGAAUUCACUUGAUCAUGCUAGGCGUCAAUAUUGGAGGGUAACCCUUGAGGAGGUACAUGCUCGUGGCUUCGAUCUCUCAAACAAUAUCGAAAGGGCGAAGAUUUUGGAAGAAGAGGCUGCCGCUCUGCUUUCCGAUGAUGAUGAUUUUGCCAGUGGCUCUGAGAGUGGAGAGGAUGAAGAUGAAGUUCCUGAGGAUGAGGCCCUCGAGGACGCGGCUGCCGAAGAUGUGUCUCCGAAGUAG